AUGGCCGACCUGGGCACAUACACCAAGCCUCUGGCCUACCUAGGCCUCUUCAGUCUAGCCAGCACCGCCCUAAGCUUCACCCGCCAAGCAACAAAUUACCUACGCCCCAGCACUCUCGUGACAACCUACAAUCCAACACACACCAACUGGGCCCUCGUGACAGGCGCCACAGACGGGAUAGGCUUCGGCUUUGCGCAAGAGCUCUGCGCACACGGGUUCAAUGUCAUAUUACACGGUCGCAAUGCGGAGAAACUCCAGCGCCGACAGCGCGAACUCCAAGCCGAGUUCCCGAACGCGAAGCUGGGGCUCGUUGUGCGCGAUGCGCAGAAUAUAACGGGUGAUAUUGAUGGCGUGGCAGAUGAAGUGCGCGCAAUUGUUGGUGCAGACACACUCACAGUGCUGGUUAAUAAUGUUGGCGGUGAGACGAGGCCUUCUACGCUGUUGAAAGAGUAUACUUUUGAGGAGGUGCAGGCGACUGUGGCGCGCAAUGCGACGUUCACUAUUCAAAUCACUCGUGUGCUUGCUGGAAUGUUGGAGGAGAAUGCACCCGGCUUAGUGCUGAAUGUUUCUUCAGUUGCGGCGUUUGGUUUACCGUAUAUCACUACUUAUGGUGCGACAAAGGGGUUCGUGGACUCAUUUACCAGGUCACUGCGCGCGGAGUUUGGGGCCGAGGGGAAGGCGGUUGAGGUGAUGGGAUUGAGGGUUGCGGAGGUGCGCACGGCGGGCUAUGAUGUGAAGAGUACUUUGUUUGUUCCUGAGGCGAGGGUGUUGGCGGGAGCCAGUUUGGAUCGGGUUGGGUGUGGACAGGAGAUUGUGUGGGCUUAUUUCCCACAUUGGUUGCAGGGCUUGUCGUUUGAUAUCCUGCCGCGGUGGUUGAUGCUCAAAUUUGCUGGGAUGAAGCUCAAGGCUAUCAGAGCGGACAUGGCAGCGAAGGCGAAAAGUAGCUGA